CUCCUUGUGGUGAGCACUUCCGUAGGCGGUAUCCCUGAGGUGCUUCCGGCCGAUUUAAUCCGUCUUGCAUCAGUUGACGUUUCCAGUAUAGCCGCAUGUCUAGCUGAUGCCAUCGAUGAGAUACGGGCUCGCCGAGCACUUUUUAGCACGGAUACAGAUGCUAAAAUGUUUCAACAUUCAGAACGGUUAACGAAUUCAACUUCCAACCUCCCAAUCUUUCAGACGCCUGCAGACACGUCCUAUCUAAAGCACCAUAUUGCGUUGGAUAGCGAAAUAAAUGAGAUCGAUGCCGUGGCAUUCACGGAAUUCCCGUCUUAUACGGAUGCUGAACCAAAAUCAAGUAUAGAUAAUAAUCAGAUUUUCGAGGAUGAAUCAAUGGGCAUAGCGCAUGAAGAUGUUGACAUAACUUAA